UAUGAAAACACAGUACCGUGGUGUACCGGUCACUUUUCUUUUGAUUUUCUUUACCAUUAUUUACCAUUUAACAACAAAAAUAUUGAUAAUUUAUUUAAAAAUUUAUUUUGAAGUAGUUUAAAUUCAACACAAUAUUCAGUGUGUAAAUAGAAAUAACAAAAAAAACACAAUGUAUACAUAAAAACUUCUUUUUUUUUAAUUCAAUUUUUUUUUUUUUUUUUUUGUUGUCAACCGGACAUAACCGUCAUUCAAAGCUUGUUCCGUAUAAACAAUAUUUAGACAAAAAAAUAAAAUAAUAUAAAUAUGAGUUUAGAUAAAUUAAAUGUAGCUUUAAACAAAUAAAUCAUACCUACAGUUAUUAUUUUAUAAUUUAAAAAACAACAAAAAACAACAAAUAUGGGGGAUUUUAAUGAGACAGUUGAUGGAAAGUUGACAAGUAGAAUGAGAAAGGUUAAUCCGGAGCAAUUUCUUACACUCGUCAAAAUGCAUUUAUCAUUUGAGUUGGAUAUAAACACUGAAGACAAUGACACAGUGACAGAAAAAGCAAAAUUAAAAAAAUGGGGUAUAUUAAGUUUUUCUAAAAAACCAAAAUCAAUGAUGAAUUUACAACAAAAAUGUGAAGGACUUGCAUUGACAACUGAAGGAAUUGGUCAAAUAAAAACAUUAAUUCAAUACUUAUCUAAAAAUGAUUGCAUCAAUCAAGAGGGAAUAUUUAGAAGAACUGGCAAAUUGACUAGACAACAAGAAUUAAAAUUAAUAUUGUAUCAAGGUCAACCAUUGGAUCUUGAAGCAGGUGCUUAUAGUGUUCAUGAUUGUGCAUCAGUAUUAAAAGGUUUUUUAGCUGAACUACCAGAGCCACUUCUUACUGAUCUUCAUUAUCCAGCUUAUUGUCAAAUUGCUGAACUAUGUAAUCCAAAUACAAGUACCAAUGAGCCAAGAUUAUUGAGUUCAUUACAAUUACUUUUAUUACUUUUACCAUCAGCAAAUAGAAUUUUGCUUAAAUAUUUACUAAAUUUAUUAAACAAAACAGCAAGUCAUGAAAAUAGUAAUAAAAUGAAUUGUGAUACACUUGCAACAUUAUUUACACCACAUUUAAUGUGUCCAAGAAAAUUAACACCUGAAGCAUUGCAUCUUGAUUCACAAAAUUUAUCUGGACUUGUUGCAUUUAUGAUACGAAAGGGCAAUGAAUUGUUUGAAAUACCAAUAAAAUUGGCAACAGACAUCAGGGCAUACUGGGUUGAUCAAGAAAGAAAAUUAUUAAGUCCCAAUAAAUAUGAUCCAAAUGAAUCAGUAUCAGAUACAGGAGGAACUGCUCAUACAGUAUUUAGUUUUGUUGAUCACAAAUUGACAGCAAAAGCAAAUAUAACAGAAGAUACACAAGCAGCUUUGGCACAGUUGUAUGCUCAUAUUCAAGCAAUGCCUGAAUCAGCAAAAAAACGAAGACUUGUUAAACAAUUUAAUAAAGAAAAUGGCAGAGGAACACCGAGACACGUUAAACAAGUUAGAACAAAAAGUCUUGGUGACUCAAUUAAAAAACAUAUAUUUCAAAAAAAAUUACUUGGUGGCCAUAAAAAAGUUUGUGAUAUAAAUAUUGGCUGCGAUAUAAGUAGAUCAAGUAGCGAAGAAAAUAUUUUAUCAAUGAGUCAUAAAAAAAGUUUACCACCAAAAAUAUUAUUCAGUAAAUCUGAUGAUGAAUUGAGCACAGAUAGUUUUGUAUCAUUGGAUAAUGAAAAUCUUGCACAAACAAAAAUAACAAGCAGCAGUACAGGAAGUAUUGAUAUUUGUAAAAAUAUCAGUCAAAUUGUUGAAAUUGAAACUAGGAAAGAUAUUAGUGUUGAUUUAAUUGAAGAAAAUGAUGAAUUAUCAAAUGAAAGUUCAACUGAACACGUUGAUAGUCAAGACAUUAAUCAAGAAAAUAAUAUAGAAUUUGAUCGUAAAAUUCGUCGACACUUGAGUGAACCACGUGAUAUGUAUUCAUUAAUAAAAUCACGAAAAAAUACUGACGAUGUUGUAAUGGCAGAAAGACGAAAAUCAAAUUCAGCUCUUCCAGAUUAUGAAAAAUCCACCAUUAAAUUGAUGUCAAGUCUAGUAAAAUCAUUAGAAAAUAAUGACAUUGAAAAUAUAAAUAUAUCAUCAAACCAAAAAAUUGAAUCUUGUCAUUAUCAAGCUUCAUCACCAGUUAUUAAAAAUAAAUUUUUAAAUGUUUAUGAUGCUCAUACGUCAACACCAUCAGAUUUAUUACGUCGUAAUUUGACAAAUAGUGAUUAUGGUCUAACACCACUUAAAAAUAAUGAUAGAAGCAUGAGCCCAAUAACACAAAGUACUUCCAAAAUGACAAAGGCUAUGCAGGAAACAAUGAUGACGCCUAGAUCAAGAAAACCAGUGAUAAUGUUGUCAGGCUCAAAUUUGUGUAAUUUAGCUUCCAUGAAAAAUGGACAAUCUAGUGCACAAAAUUAUUAUCAAAUUGUUAAUAUUGAUAUUGAUGGACAAAAUAGUUUAAAUUCAAUAAGUGAAGAAUCUGAAAAUAUUCCAAAUACAUAUAAAAUUGAUAGUCAACGUCGUCCACCAUUUGUUAAUAGAAAUUAUCGUACACCAAUUGAGGAUGAUUAUUGUACAACAAUACCAUCAAAUUCAAUGUCAAUAACGAGUACAUUUCGUGAAUAUCUAUUGUCAAGAAGUGUAUUAACAGCAAGCCCAGUUGAUUUAAGUUUUUCAUCACGUACAGGUGAUUUUGAACAAUCUGAAUCUGAUGAUUUAAAUAUACUUGAUGAAAAAGGACUCUCUGAUAGUCUUCUUAAUUGUUUGGAUGGUAAUAAUCCUCCUAGUUCAGAUACAUCAGGUAUUGCGUCAGGCUCAACAAAUAGUGCCAAUAAUUCAAUUGAAAAAAUUGAUGAUGUCAAAUUACCAUCACCAAGAAAACGUGGCACAAGCUUGCAAAGAAAUGACUCAAAAAGAUCAAUAAAAGAUCAUGAAAAUGAUAUACACAAUAAUGCAAAUAACAAAUCAUCAAUUGAUUCAGAGAAUAUUAAAGAAAAUUUUCAAGAAACUUCAUUUUAAGAAAAAUUAAUUAUUGUAUUGAUUUGCGAAUUAUAAAUUCAUUUAUUAAUAAUUAAAUAUAUCAUUAAAAAAAAAAAAAAGCAAAUAACUAUUAUUAAUAUUUGAUACUUAGAAUUUAAGUAAACUAACAAAACAGAUUGUAAUUUAUGAUGACCAUGACAAUAUAAAAAUAUAAUAAUAAAUGAUUUUUGUACUAUGUUAA